UACACACGGAAAUCUGCUCUUCGCCGGCCCGUCGGGGAGGAAGCAACUUAGAGUGAAGAGCUCUCGCCUGAAGCCCUCCUACUCCCCUCCCUGACCAACUCCAGAGGAGAAGGGAAAACGAAAAACACCAAGAGAUGGAUCCUGAUUUCUUCUAACCCUAACCCUAACCCGAAAUGCACCCGAAAAGGGGAUCCCUCCUUUCCCUCCUCUUCAUCCUCUCCUUCGCCGUCAUCUUCCUCUACUCCUACCAUUACCACUCCUCCCUCCAUUUCUCCCACUCCCAGAACCCUAACCCUAACCCUAACCCUAACCCUCAGCGCUUCACCAUCACCAUCAAGCUCCUCACCUUCGACCGCAUCGACUCCCUUCGCCGCUGCCUCCGCUCCCUCUCCGCCGCCGACUACGGCGGCGACCGGGUGAACCUCCACGUCUUCGUCGACCACUUCCGGGCCAUCGACCCGGCGAACGGGUCCGCCCUGCUGGACCGGAAGCUGGAGGAAUCGCGCCGGAUCUUGGAUCUCGUCGAUGGCUUCAGUUGGCCCCAUGGAGAGAAGCUCGUGCAUUACCGGACGGCCAAUGUCGGGCUUCAGGCUCAGUGGCUGGAAGCCUGGUGGCCGAAGUCGGACGACGACUUCGCCUUUGUGGUGGAGGAUGAUCUCGAGCUGUCGCCGCUGUACUAUAAGUUCUUGAAAGAAUUGAUUUUGAAGUAUUAUUAUGAUCGGUCGAACUAUAGCCCUUUAAUCUAUGGGGCAUCAUUGCAGCGGCCACGGUUUGUAGCAGGAAAGCAUGGAAACAAACUAUGGUUGGACAGUGAAACACACCUUUUCCUAUACCAGAUGGUUGGCACAUGGGGUCAACUUCUUUUCCCAAGACCAUGGAAAGAAUUUCGCUUGUGGUACGAUGUUCACAAAGCCAAAGGCAUUAAACCAAUACUGCAGGGCAUGGUAACAACAGGAUGGUACAAAAAGAUGGGUGAUAGAAUAUGGACUCCAUGGUUCAUCAAAUAUAUUCAUUCCCGAGGAUACUACAAUAUUUACACACAUUUUCUGCAUGAAAGAGCCCUCAGCAUCUCUUACAGGGAUGCAGGUGUAAAUUAUGGGAAAACUGCUGGUCCUGAUUCCAAAUUACUGGACAAGAACUCGAUUGAUUUUGAUCUUUGGGAACUGCAGCCCCUGAAAAAUUUAAAAUGGUACGAUUUCUGCUUCAGAGAAGUGCAUCUUGGGAGAAUUGUCAGGAGGUACGAGGAACUUGAAUCUGUUCUGCGCUCUUUCAAGGAGCAGAAAACUAUUAUACUGGUAAGUUUAUACCGGACGGUACAGAGGAUUGCAAGAAACUUGAUUUGCCAUCUUGAGAGGGUGGGUUUGCAGAACUUCAUUCUUAUCAGUGAUGAUUCAGAGUUUCUCAUUGACCUUGCCCAGAGAGGAUAUUCUGUGAUCGAUGCAAAACUAUUGAUCAGCAGCAUUGGAAGCGACAAAUCAAAUGGUUUUGAACAUUUUGACAUGAAUUUGAUGAAGGAGAUCUGGGUUAAAGCCAAUGUUGUUAAAAAGAUUCUGGAACUGGGAUACAAUUUAUGGGUGCUCGAUUGGAAUAUAAUUCCAAUUAGUAAUCCUUUACUGGAGUUACCAGAUCCAUCCUACGACUUUUUUGCUGCAAAAGAUGUUGGGCUAAUGUACAUGAAGAGCUCUCCAUCUUCCCUAAAAGUUUGGGUUGCUGAUUUUAUUUCUAAUGUGGCAGCAGUGGGGAAGUCUUUGUUAGGCAGUAAUUCCAUAUCGUUGGAACAGAAGAAUUUUUUGUACUUUGCUACGAAAGCUUUGGAAGACAAGGGUGAUGUACGGUUGUGGCAGUUGGAUGAAUCAUCCAUUGGUGUAAGAUUAGGUGAUGAUGCUUUGAAUCUCUCAGCUCUGGACAGCAGGAAGAUGCUUUUCUGGUCUCCGGGGAUGUCAUUGACUUCAGUUCAGAGAGAGCUUGAGAACCUAGACAUGUGGUUGAUCGAUGGUGAUUCUUCAUGCGUUGCUGUUUUUUGCCACCAAUGAUAAAUGAAAAGCAAUGGAGAUUUCUUUCUUUCUUUCUUUUGUCAGGUACGAAAGAUAUUUGGGAUUUCUUUUUUUGAGAGUCCCAAAUAUUACAUGCAUUGUGAUUUCUUGUAAAAUAUGACUGGCAGAUUGAAUUGCAAUCGGUAAUUUUGAAUUCACCAUAGC